UCUUGAUUACUACGAAGCUAGAUAUCGCGGUGUGCUGUGCCUGGUGGUUUGUUUUGAUUACAUUCAACAGAUCCUUCCUUUGUUUUUGCGUGGAUCAUCGGAUACAGCAGUAAAAGUAAGCUGCAGGAAUCCCCCAAAAUGGGCUGCUCAACAACCGUGGUUAAAUAUUUGGUGUUUUUCUUCAAUGUUAUAUUUGCCAUUUCUGGUGCAUCACUAGUAGCAAUUGGCGUGCUGCUCAAGAUGAAGAACACCGACAUACAGAAUUUCAUUCCGGAUAAGUACCACUUGGGUUUACCACCACUCCUCCUCAUCGUUAUAGGAGCAGUUAUAUUCAUUACCGCCUCUUUUGGAUGCUGUGGAGCCAUAAAAGAAAACACAUGCAUGUUAACUACGUUUGCAAUAAUCCUUCUCACCCUUCUGAUAAUACAAGUAGCAAUUGGAGCAUUCGCUUUCUUGUUGGUUGGAGAUACCCAAGAUCUUCGUGAGUCUGUUAGACAAGUCGUUAAAAAUUCGUUCGAUGAUUACAACAACACCAAACUUGUCAAGGACGAAUUCGACUUCCUUCAAACCUUU